UCGUGUUCGUUAGAGUGAAUGAACGUAUUCGGCGAUGCGGCACCAAACCACACGCGCAUGGUUCUUUUCCUUUUCAUUUCUUCGCCGCGGCGUGCUCGCCACACAACGCCGCGAUCGAAGCGAUCGGAGACUCCGGAUGCGACUUCCAACUUCACCAUUUACCAUUCAGUGCUUCAUUGUUGCUUCGCUUUCGUGCUUUAAUGGUUUGACUUGGUGUUGUGCGGCCUGAAACUCGUGCCGAAAAAAAGACCACCCCCGCAGUUAAACAAUUACAACGUGAAUUUAAUUAAUAAUAAAUUUCAUUUGUUUAUGUGUAGAAGUGCAUCGUUAGUGUAACGGUAAAGGAACUUUUUGUUUCCUGUUGAGUGUUUUUAAUUUUUUUGGUUUAAUUUUUUGGAAAAUUAAUCAAAUUAAUUAAUUUGUGAUGUUCGGUGAACUUGGACAUGUACUCUUCUGAUGUGUCGUUGGGCUGCUGCUGCCAUGGACUUCGGGCAGCACGCGCUCAUGCUGAUACUCUUCGUGUCGUUUUCAUUCUCUGGGUCAAUGUCAGGUCUUCAAGAUUGUGGCACAAGUCUGAGGCGAUCUCGUCAGCCGCGCGCCGGCUCCUUGGGUAGAAUAAUCAAUGGAAAGCAGAGUGCACGAGGUGCAUGGCCAUGGCAGGUAUCGUUGCAACUAUUGCAUCCACAGUUUGGAUUUUUAGGCCAUUGGUGCGGCGGAGUGCUGAUUUCCCCUGAAUGGUUAUUGACUGCUGCGCACUGCAUCAACAAUGACUUGUUCAAUCUACCACUGCCGGCAUUAUGGACGGCUGUCCUUGGCGAUUGGGACCAGAGCCUGGACGAGGAAACCGAAGAACGCAUUCCCAUCGAGGAGGUCAUCCUGCACGAACGCUUCCACAAUUUUCAACAUGACAUAGCUCUCAUGAAACUCUCGCGACCAGUAAAAAUCGCACGUAACAGUCGCCUGCGUGCGGUUUGCCUACCUACCAAACGACUAGCACACAACGAAACAGAUCUCUGUAUUGCCACCGGUUGGGGUAGAGACGCCGAAGAUGGACAACUAGCAGGACGACUUCUGGAAGCAAAAGUACCUGUACAUGACAAUGCAUUAUGUCGGAAAAAGUACGGACAUUCUGUAUCAAUCAGAUCAGGACACUUAUGCGCUGGGCAUUUAGAUGGAUCAACAGGAACAUGCGUUGGUGAUUCAGGUGGACCACUGCAAUGUGCACAACGUGAUGGUCGAUGGUUCCUCGCAGGUAUAACAUCCUUUGGUUCAGGAUGUGCGAAACCAGGUUUUCCCGAUGUUUACACACGGAUGUCAUAUUACUUGCCAUGGAUUCGUGCGAAAAUACGUACAAAUCAAGUUUUAGACGUCACAUAACACACAGUUAAAAACAAAGGUUAAAGUUGAGGUUAAGUUAAGUAAUUUAAACAAGUUUUACAUAAUAUUAUCAUUUAUUCAAUCGCAUUAUACAACUAUUUAAGCGUCAUUCACUAACUAGUUUAGACUACAAUAUCACUACACCCCGUAUAAAAUUUCAUAUAUAAAUUGUACAAUUGUAUAUAAUUAGAACUACGUUGUAACAUAACCUAACUAAUAUGGAUAUGAAAUAAUGACUAAAUCACAAGUAUUUGCAUCAUUUAUAUCAAAAAAACGAUGCGAGAAUUA